AUGCUUAAAAGUGUAUGUCCAGUUCAAAAAUGUUUGCCUAAGAACUAUUACCAAGCAUCACAAUUGGUGUCUAAGUUAGGGCUAAAGGUUAAGAAGAUUGAUUGUUGUAAGAAUGUUUGCAUGUUAUACUACAAGGAUGGUAGUAAGUUGUCUGAGUGCAAAUUUUGUAAUGCUCCUAGGUUCAUUCCUCGCAAGACUGGCAUGGGAAAUUACAAAGACAUCCCAAUGAAGAGAAUGUUUUAUUUUCCAAUCAUUCCUAGAUUACAAAGACUAUAUGCAUCAAAUGAGUCGGCAACUGAAAUGAGAUGGCAUCAAAUGAACAAAAAUAGUUCCAACGUCCUUCGUCAUCCGUCUGAUGGAAAAGUGUGGAAACAUUUUGAUGAUGUAUAUCCUGACUUUGCUAGGGAACCCAAAAAUGUAAGAUUGGGUUUGUGUUCAGAUGGAUUUACUCCUUACAUUCAAGCAUCUGCUUCUCCAUACUCAUGUUCGCUAAUAAUAGUUACUCCAUACAAUCUUCCCCCUGAAAUGUGCAUGACCAAACCAUACUUGUUUCUUGCUUGUCUCAUACCUGGACCUCACAAUCCUAAAUUGAAGAUAGAUGUCUACUUGCAACCAUUGAUUGAUGAUCUAUCUCUAUUAUGGUCCAAUGGAGUUUUGACAUAUGAUAUAUCCACAAAACAAAACUUCAUCAUGAAAGCCUGCUUGAUGUGGACAAUUAAUGAUUUUCCGGCCUACGGUAUGUUAUCUGGAUGGGGAACACAAGGUAAGCCGGCAUGCCCUCAUUGUAUGGAACACAUGGAUGCUUUUACCUUGAAAAGUGGCCUUAAGAAUUCCUGGUUUGACUGUCAUCGUCGUUUCUUGCCAACUAAUCACUCUUUCAGAAGGAGUAAAAGAAGUUUCAUAAAAAAUAGGGUUGUGAAAGACGACCCACCUCCUGUUUCCAUAGGUCAAGAUAUAUGGGAAGUAAUAAGUAAUUUUCCAAAAGUGACUGAAAUUGGAUGGGAAGAAAAAUGGGAAGAGUUUGAAGGGUAUGGAGUUGAUCAUAAUUGGAAAAAGCGAAGUAUUUUUUGGGAUCUCCCAUAUUGGAAGGAUACCUUGUUAAGGCAUAACCUCGAUGUGAUGCAUAUAGAAAGAAAUGUCUUUGAUAAUAUAUUUAACACUGUCAUGAAUGUUAAGGAUAAAACAAAGGAUAACGAAAAGGCGAGAGAAGACUUGGCUAAAUUAUGCUUUCGUGGGGACUUAGAGCUCCAACCCUUAACUAACGGAAAGAGGGGUAAACCAAAGGCAAGCUACACUCUGACCAAACCUGAAGUCAAGUUGGUUUAUAAAUGGCUGAAGGAAUUGAAAAUGCCAGAUGGCUAUGCUUCAAACCUUUCUAGGUGUGCCAAUGUCGAAAAGGGUACGUGUCAUACCCUAAAUUUGUCCUACCUUUGUAUAGCCCCCCGUUCUGUAUAUUUACCCACUAACUAUACUCAGAAAAUCCCAAAAAAUAUGUCAUUUAUUUUUAGUUUGGUUCAUCAAGCCAAGGAUGAGUUCAAUUUUGAUUGA